AUGUUUUCAUCAACUGGACCAACAGAAGACGCAGAAUCAUCAUCAAAUUUACACACAGCAUCGGAAGAGGAUUCUAGCACCACCUUUUCCAUUGAUGCCAAAUACUUCUUUGCUUUAUUGAAAGGAUUAAAUCAGAUUAUGUUUGAAAAGGAUGAUAUGAUGACCGAGUCCAUGAUGAAUCAGCAAGUGUUCGGUAAUGAGAGCCUGAACGAAGAACAAAAUACUUUUGUUAUCAGAUGCAAACAAUUGAUCCGAUUGGCUUCGUAUAAAAAUUGGACUCCAACACAGCUCAAAGAACAUUUGCUGAGCGAUGAUGACGCAAAACAAGUUUUCAACACCAACGAUCUUGUGCAGACCUGGGUGAAAUUCUGGACGCAAUAUUCUUCAAGAAUUCACCAACAAUUGGUGAAUGAAUCAAAGGAAGAUUUCGGAAAUAACUUGACUGACAUGAAAUGGAGAAUAGAUCAAAAAACUAACAUCAACAGAUUAAGCGAAAUUAGUGAAAGUGUAGCUGUUGUGCAACUCAGCACCAAACAAGAUCCAAACCAUCCCCUACUUUUUGAAAUGGAUAAGGAUACUCUUAAAAGUGUUAUGGAACAAUUCAAAGUUAUUCAAAAACGGAUUGACCAGCUUUCAUAA